CCACUGAUAACGAUAACUCGUUUUCACGCCAAACAACUCUUCCAAACUCUGCCGCCAAAAAAUCCACCCUCAAACGCACCGUUUAGCCUCUUCCGUCUCCUUCACCGCCGUGUCGCGAAUGCUGAGUCACUGACUCGCCGCCGCAGAACUCAAACACCACAAUGUCCUACCGGCGUCACUCCCUCAGCGGCCCACCUCAACUCAUCAGCUCCGGGUCGACUCAGGAGCUCCGGCAACGAGUCACCGCGUGCCUCAACAAGCUCUCCGACCGCGACACUCUCGCCUGCGCCACCGCGGAGCUUGAAUCCAUCGCUCGAACGCUAACCCAUGACUCGUUCUCCUCCUUCCUCUCCUGCAUUCACAACACGGAUUCCUCUUCCAAAUCGCCGGUUCGGAAGCAAUGCGUUCACCUCUUGACCCUCCUCUCGCGUUUCCACGGUGACGCGCUCUCACCGUUCCUCUCCAAGAUGAUCUCCACCGUCCUCCUCCGCCUCCGGGACACCGAUUCCGCCGUCCGAUCCGCAUGCGUCGACGCCGUCUCCGCCAUGUCGUCGCGGAUCACCCGGCCGUCGUUCUCCGUUUCGUUCCUGAAGCCUUUCAUGGACGCCCUGGCGCAGGAGCAGGACGGUAACUCUCAGAUCGGUGCCGCGCUCUGCCUUGCUGCGGCGGUUGAGGCUGCGCCGGACCCGGAUGUUGAGUCUCUCCGGCGGAGCGCGCUGCCGAGGCUGGGGAAGCUCUUGAAGAAAGACACGUGUAAGGCGAGGGCGGCGCUGCUGGUGCUGGUCGGAAGCGUGGUUGCCGCCGGAGGCGCUGCGAGCCGUGGAGUAUUGGAGUGGUUGGUGCCGUCCCUCGUUGAGUUCCUGAGCAGUGAGGAUUGGACGGUGAGAAAGGCCUCGGCGGAGGCAUUGGGGAAGGUGGCUUCUGUAGAGAAAGGCUUGGCGUCGCAGCAUAAGGUUCUGUGCGUGGAUUCAUUGCAGAAUCGAAGGUUUGAUAAGGUUAAAGUGGUUCGGGAGACUAUGAAUCUUACUUUGGAAAUGUGGAAGGAGGUGACUAAUGUAUCUGAGGAUGUUCCUGCUCCGGUUAAGUCCGCAUGUGCUUCAGUUGAGGAUGGUAAAGGUCAGUGUGUCGCUAAAAGUUCACCUUGUAUUGGGCCUAAAUCUUCUCAAUCGAAGAAAACAGUCCCUUCCAGCAGGUCCCCUCCAUCUACAGCUUCAUUUGUAUCCUCCAUCAAAAGAGAGGGGGCUCUAAAGAGUAACAACAAGGAUUUGCGAGUGAGGGCAAUGCAUCAGCAGAAUCACAGUGAAAUCUCUGAUGAGAAACUUGAUACUCCAGUAUUAAAGCUGCCCCCCUCAAACAUCUCUUUGGAAGAUGAUAUUAAAAGGUGUGAUUUUGAAGCUUCUAAGCCAGCUCCAUAUCAAAAUGGGGUAAAUUCAAGGGUAGAUAUCAAGUGUGUUCUCUUUAGCAAGAUGUCUGAUGAGAAAGUGAGGAAAUUUGGUGGUUCGAAACCGCGUGUGGUUCCAUGUUAUGACGAUGAUGAUCUUGACACAGAUGUCAGAGUCAGCAAUGUAAGUGAAGCUUGUGAGAGCUCACAAGAUGUUGAGGAUUUGUCUUUGAUCCGUGAACAGCUAAUUCAAAUUGAAAACCAGCAAUCAAAUCUAUUAGAACUCCUCCAGAGAUUUAUUGGAAGCUCCCAGACUGGGAUGAAUUCUCUGGAGACACGUGUAUAUGGUCUAGAGAUGGCCCUAGAUGAAAUAUCACAUGAUUUGGCAUUAUCAAGUGGCAGGAUUCCCAAUACUGAUGCCAUAGAAGACACAUGUUGUAAGCUACCUGGGACUGAUUUUCUGAGUUCUAAAUUCUGGAAAAGGAAUGAAGGUCGGUAUUCCACAUCACGGAGGUUCUCUUUGGGAAGCUCAGCAUCACCAACUGCUGUGCAUAAUGCAACUGAUGGAAAUGGAAGCAGAGAAGUAUUAACUGCAAAUAACAAAAAAAAUCAGCACCGUAGGGGCGGGGGUAGAUUUUUGGUAAAUCCAUUGGCAGAAGUUCAGAGCGAUUUGAAGGAGCAUCUAGGGCAGCAUUCGUACAAAAUGUCUACAAACAUGGUUCAAGAUGCCGAGAGACCACAAGUUAACAGUGCCUGCAGAUUUGGUGGCAUUUCUUCAACUAGUGGAGCACUGAGGAACCAGAAUAUCAGGUCAUCCGUGUAGGGAAGAUUGCAUGUCUCAAUGGCUAUUUAAUUGCAGAAAGCAUCAAAGGCUCUUUGUAGAUGAACCCACAAAAAUCAAUAUUCUUGCCUGUUGGCCAAGGUCUCAAUGCAGUAGAGUUGUUUGCUUUAAAGCACUUAUUAGAACAGGCUACUUUGUCCGAAAUUGUCCACAUGAAGGCAGAGUCAGCAGCGUUUGGAUUCGGAUGGUAAAACAGGCGCAGGAAUUUUCUUGAUGUGUAGCUUAAAGGAGGAAAUGUGUUCCAGGCGAAGGAGUUUUCUUGAUAUGUAUCAUAAUUAUAUUGUCUUUGCCAUCGUCUUUAGAAAUAGAAAAGAAUGCUUGUGCUGUGAUAUUAGUAGAGUUCUAAGCCUCUUUAUGUUGGUUGAA